AUGUCGGACUCUCAAGACAAGGGCAAGACCCCUCAGCGCCCCGACCAGGUCAACAAGGACCAAGAUACCCCCAAGGGUGAGUACGUUCCUGUGUUGAUCGUCUGGCGACGCCGACCGAAGCUAAAUGCAGAGGACUCCAUAGUCAACCCUAAGAACCAGAAAACCGUCCCUCCGCAAAUGGUACAACAGAUCCUGGACAGCAAUCCCGCGCUGAAGGCUGAGAUCGCAUCGAUGGAACCCUCGAAGGCAGCCGAGGCGCUGGCCAACACCGAUAUCAGUCAAUUGUUGACUGGGUUGUCACUUGGCGGAAAGAACCAAAAGGACAUGGCUUCUUAUAAGUUCUGGCAGACGCAGCCAGUGCCUCGAUUCGAAGACAACAAGGACAAGGAAAUCAAGCAGGGUCCGAUCAAGUGGAUCAAGCCGGAGGAGGUGCCUAAGAACCCCGAUGCGCUCAUCGAAGGGUUCGAAUGGUGUACCUUGGAUUUGACCAAUGACGACGAGCUCCAGGAGCUUUUCGACCUUCUCAACAACCACUAUGUGGAGGACGACAACGCUAUGUUUCGAUUCAGUUAUUCAAUGUCGUUCCUGAACUGGGCUUUGAAGUCUCCAGGAUGGAAGAAAGAAUGGCACGUUGGCGUUCGCGCCACCAAAUCACGCAAGCUUGUCGCCUCAAUCUCCGGUGUCCCGACGGAGAUCCGCGUGCGCGGGGAGCCACUGAAGGUCACGGAAAUCAACUUCCUUUGUAUCCACAAGAAACUCCGCUCCAAGCGUCUGGCCCCCGUUCUGAUCAAGGAAAUCACCCGCCGUUGCUACCUCAAUGGUAUCUACCAAGCCAUUUACACUGGUGGUGUCAUUCUCCCCACCCCCGUUAGCUCUUGCCGCUACUACCACCGCGCUUUGGACUGGUUGAAGCUUUAUUCCGUCGGCUUCUCACCUAUGCCCCACGGAUCGACCAAGGCGAGACAGGUGGCUAAGAAUCAACUUCCUGACAACACCUCCACUCCCGGUCUGCGCCCCAUGGAAGAGAAGGACAUUGAUGCCGUUCAUGAUCUCUUGGAGCGCUACUUGCGUCGCUUCGACAUGUACCAAGCAUUCAGUCGCGAGGAGAUCGACCACUGGCUGGUCUACAAGGAGAGGGCUGGAAAAGAGCAAGUUGUGUGGUCCUAUGUCGCCGAAGACCCUAAGACCAAGAAAAUUACGGACUUUGUUUCAUUCUACAACUUGGAGUCGACUGUUCUCGACAACCCGUUGCACAACUCUGUGCGUGCCGCAUACCUUUACUACUACGCAACUGAAACAGCCUUCACUGGCGACCAACCCGCGCUCAAGGACCGUCUGCUUGUUCUGAUCAAUGAUGCCCUCAUUUGUGCCAAAAAGGCUAAUUUCGAUGUUUUUAACGCCCUCACUCUCCAGGACAACCCUCUGUUCCUCGAGAAGCUCAAGUUCGGCGCCGGUGACGGACAGCUCCACUACUACCUGUACAAUUACCGCUGCGCCCCGGUCGCUGGUGGGAUCAACGAGAACAACCUUCCCGACCUGAACAAGAUGGGAGGCGUUGGUGUUGUCAUGCUGUAG